CACCUCAGUUUUGCAUGUGGCUGCAGUUCAGACUGCAGAGCGCUAAUGGUCCGCACAGAUAGUGCUACACUUAUUCAGCUCUGAUCAAGGAACUUUACUGUGAGGCUAUUUUCCAACCGUCGGAGUAUGAGAGUCAGCAAUUGCAGAUACACAGAAAAUUUGCUUCAAAGUGCAUGUGUAACAUAAAACAAAGUUACUCAAAGUUGGUGAAAGUGGAUUACAUGGACUAUGCACUGUCAGUGGAGGAUGAUACGUGUGUCUGCUGAGCUCUGUUUGCUGGCAUGUUUAAUUCUGACUGUGGACUUGACUUUGGGUUUAGGGCCAAAGAAAGACAUGGAGUUUACAUUUCUAUUAGCUGCUGGCAGCACAGAGUGUUUUUACCAAACCACAGCAAAGAACGACAGCAUGGAAGUUGAAUACCAGGUGAUAGCUGGGUCAGGUCUGGAUGUUGGCUUUGCUCUCAUUUCACCCAACGGAUACCGACUGGUCUCUGACUUCAGAAGAUCUGAUGGUAUUCACAUGGUGGAUCUCACAGAGGGGGGAGACUACCGGUUAUGUUUCGACAACAGCUUUAGUAAACUCUCAAAGAAGAUGGUGUUCUUUGAGGUGAUUAUAAAUGGUCAGAGCGGUGCAGGUGGAGGCCUAAACGAGUGGGCGGACGUGGCCGCAACAGAUAGCAUGUUGGAGUAUAAACUGGAGGACAUCAGGACGAGGAUGGACUCUGUGUACGAGCGCCUGGAGAGGAGCCGUCAGGUCCUCGCUUUGCUGCGUGCCUUUGAGGCAAAGGACCGCUACCUUCUGGAGGACAACCUGUGGCAGGUGUCCUUUUGGUCCUGCCUCAACCUGCUUGUCAUGCUCACCGUCGCUGUCACUCAAAUCUACACCCUUCAACGCCUCUUUGAUGGCACAAAGCGGGUCUGCACAUAGUCACAAAAACUACCUCCAGCCAAGAGAGCGCAGCACUUGCACAUGCCUAAACUUCUUAAUCUGAACCAUAACCUUUUACAGUCUAUAUCCUAACUAACAUGUGCCCUGGGAACCUAAUUUAAAGGGAUAGUUCACACUUUUGGAAAACUGAUUCAUCAUUGAUGUUUUGAAUUCCAGUCCCAUGGUACUGCAAUAUCCACAAACAGAAGCACAUACUGUCCAUACAUAACACAUACAUAAAUACACACAAAAAUACUUGCCGCCAGUGGCACCCACAGACAUUUUUCACAGGGAUGUCCAGAUUGGGCCACUGAAAUAACUGGGAUGGCACACCAAAACCAAAAGCCUAAAAUUCUAUUACGCUGAUGUAGGCUGGUUGAAAAUGAUGUCUAUAUAAGAGUUAAGGCAUUGCAUACAGAUACACUUUAAUUUUGUAUUUUACAGUUGUUACUUUUAUCCAAUGUGCAGACUAAUACCAAUACAAUUUUGAGUUUCACAACAAUGCUUAUUUCCUGUGUUAUGUAUCCACGUCAGGCAAUUUGUUGUUCUUCUAUUAGGUUAGUUGUCCAGUUCCCACCACUUGCCGCACCAAUAUGUGUUAAUGUCAUUGGGGAACCCAGAAAACCACAGCUGUUCUGUCUGGAAUCUUGUUUUAUUGAAUUUCAGAAUACAUUACACUAGGCUAUGUUUUAUCAGACCAAAACAAACUAAAUAUCGGAAAACCCACCUAUGGCAUAUACUUUUUAUU